AAUGUACAAUUUUCAACAAUUACUAUGACCACUGUACGUGCGGUGAAAUUGAUAAUAUUAAUUAUUUAGAUAUUAAUUGUACCAGACCUCUAAUGAAUACAAUUAACGGAAAUGAAAAUUAUUUUCAAAUAAAAUCUUUCAAAAAUGUCCUACGUCUAAAUUGUUAUCAAUCACCAAAAUGGUCGAAAUUUAAUUACAAUUUUCGAAAUUUCACCCAACCACGUGAAAUAUUUCAACUAAAUAAUUGUAAAUUUAAAAAACAUACAAAUUUCACUCGUAUCGCUGAAUUAUUAAAUGCAUUAAAUAUCAAUGAAUUACAUUUUAUGAAUACCAUUCAAUUGGAAAAAAUUGGCUAUGGUAAAAAAUUAUUUGAAGGCUUCGACAAUCUUAAAAUACUCACUAUUCAAAAUAAUGUCAAUCUCACAACAAUGAAUUAUGAUUCACUGAUUUUUUUACCGCAGCUAAAAACUUUAAAUCUCCACAACAAUUCUUUAACAACAAUACCAUUCAAUUUAUUCCAAUCUCUAUCAAAUCUCACUGGUUUAAAAUUAUCAAAAAAUAAUAUUCAAUCAUUGCAAUGGAAUUUAUUUCAAAAUUUAAAUAAAUUGCAAAAUUUAGAUUUAUCCCACAAUAAAAUAAAUGAUUUAGAACCAGCCAUAUUCGACGAAUUGAUUAAUUUGGAAAUUUUGUAUUUAAAUAAUAAUCAAUUUGUCUGGCUACCGGAAUAUUCAUUCUUAAAAUUGACGAAUUUAAAAUAUCUCGAUUUAAUGUCAAACAAUUUACAAUCACUAUUGGAAACUGUCUUUCGUAAUAAUCGAAAACUGAUUUCACUUAAUUUAGAGAAUAAUUCUUUGAAAACAUUACCAGAACGAAUAUUUGCGAGAUCAGUGAAUUUAGAGGCAUUAAAUAUUGGUAAUAAUCAAUUGCAAUCGAUACCAGAGAAUUUAUUUUCAUCGCUUGAAAAUCUCGUUACUCUCAAUCUUGAGGGUAAUCAAUUGAAAUCAUUUUAUGAUUUGACAUUUAUGAAUUUAAAAAAACUGAAACAUUUGUAUCUUAGUCGAAAUCAACUCGAUAAUCUUGCUGAGUAAGUUUUUAUUUUUAAUUAUAUUAAUUAAGGUGAGGAGGAACCAGUAAAUGAAAAAAAAAAAAUAUUCAGUCCUCGAAUAAUCGACUUUAUGGCCCCAAAAGAAAAUGGUUUUCUUUAAAAUCGAAAAAAUCGUUUAAUUCAGAGUUGCCACAAAAAAUUGGUUUUUUCUUUCUAGAAUUUUUAACUAU